ACUAUCAAUAUACAAAUAGAACAAGUGUGCGAGGAUCUGUCAAUGUCUUUUCUGGAUCACGUGACCAUGGCCUCAGUUGGACUGGAUAGAGAUGGAUUUCCACGUCAUCUUACGUCUCAAAAUUUCUGCCUCGCGGAUACCCCUACAACUCCGGUAAGAGGCACGCGCACAUGAGAGCUAUGUCGUGGGCGUUGCGUGUAGGUCUUGCUAGCCCAAACUAGAAACUGCGCGGGUACAAUGAUGGAUUUUGACGAGAGAGUUUCCGUUGGGUCCAACAUGUAUCUGCCCAGCUGCACGUAUUACGUUCCGGGGGCUGAUUUCUCCACGUUGCCCUCGUUCAUAUCCCAAAGUUCGUCUUCUCGUCCCGUCACCUACUCUUACUCCUCUAACCUGCCUCAGGUACAGCAUGUCAGGGAGGUUACAUUUCGGGACUAUGCUAUUGACGCGUCUGGUAAAUGGUCUCACCGGGGUCCGCUGGCUCAGUGUUAUCCGUCGGAGGAGAUAGUACACAGGGAGUGUUUACCAGCGGCAACGACAGUUGGUGAAAUGUUCGCCAAGAAUAAUGCAUCUGCGUAUUAUCACUCAUCGAACUCGACCUCCACUACCAAUUUCUACGGUAGUGUUGGAAGAAACGGGGUGCUUCCUCAAGCAUUUGACCCCUUUUUUGACACCGCCUGCGGGGGCUCGGACAGUGUAGUGAACAGCGACUAUGCAGCGAGGGAUAAAAUGCACUCAAGCAAACAGCCAACACCAGCGCCCGCACUGGAGCAAGAGUCCGAAGGAAAGGAGCGACAGGAGACCAGCAGCCCCGAGUCUUCUUCCGGAAACAACGAGGAAAAGACCAGCGGUGCAAGCGGUGGACCCAGGGUUCGCAAGAAGAGAUGUCCCUAUACAAAAUUUCAAAUCCGGGAGCUCGAGAGGGAAUUUUUCUUCAGCGUGUACAUUAACAAAGAGAAACGAGUUCAGCUCUCAAGGAUGCUUAACCUCACCGAUCGCCAAGUGAAAAUUUGGUUCCAAAACCGGCGGAUGAAGGAAAAGAAACUAAACAGGGACCGAUUACAGUACUACAGUACCAACCCACUACUAUAGGACAAGGAAAUAACAGAUAGAAAUAUACAACAGCUGCAGUAAUAAGAUCACACACGAGACCUUAUACAGACUCUAAGUGGUUAACUUCAAGUUCGAGACAAGAAGGAACCUUUCACUAGAGUAAGCACAUAGAGGACAUUGGAAUUCACAGUUUAAAUACAGGUUGUUUUGUGCUCGUAUAUAGACAAACGUGUACAAUUCUGUGGCGAAAAAAUUAUUUAAUUAAGAGCUUGUGAUAAACACUGAACAUGGACUAGCCCACUCCGCUUGUGAUUUGUGAUGGACUACACGCGGAGAUGGAGUACAACUGGCUGAAAUAUUAGGGUUUAAACAAGGAAAGACUUUUGACAAGCCAUUCGUAUAGUGCGUGUCCAUUUGUGUGGAGAAAUGGAGCAAUAAUACUUUCUUCGUCGUCUCUCGGGAAUGUAAAUGACUCAUUACAAACUGUGUAAUGAUUAUAUUCUGAUCAUCCAAAAUGAAAUGAACAGAAAUGAAACAGACUGUGAGCUGGACUGAGCGGAGAACAUGCAAUCUCGCUGAAUCGCAUCCCCAAUCAUAAACAUUUCCGGACAUUUCCAUUAGGAAUUGGUCAUCUUUAAAAAGUGGACUCUUUCAGGCUUAAGAAAUGUAAUAACGUUUUCACGAUGACCUUAUUUGCUCAUGUUCGAGUUUGCAACGCUAUGAUUGUCCUGGGAUAAAAAUGGUUUGGUUUAUGGUAAUCCAGAAAAUCAUCUUUAUGGCAUAUACGUCCUAAAUUAAAUAAUCAAAGGGUUAUAACAUAUGUUUGUAGAACAUCGUUUUUAUUUCAAAUAUAUUAUGCAUGAGCGUACACAUGCGCAUUAUGUGCAUUUAUGAACAGCAAUGUAUUUUUAUUUUAUUUAUUUUUUUAAGGACUCUCUCGGACCAUGAGCUGAAGCAGUUGUUACCUGACAAUUUUACCGUCACAGUGGUUACAGUAUUUGCAGUUAUUAUCUGAAUGUUUAUGACCUUGAUCGUAGUGUUCAUAUAUGACAGUCUAAGCGCAUAAACAAAGACGGAGGAAGAGUAAGAAGAAGAGAGAGAAAGAAAGUAGAAGAGAAGGGGAGAGAAAGACAGAGCUUUAUGGUUGCUUGCUGUGUUGCGACUUGGCCUGGCUGGUGCAUCCUUUGAGGCGCUGAGGAAUAUCCGCCUCAUUACGGGGACAUCCUCCUUGUUGCUUCAGCAACACGACCAUAAAAGCUGUCUGUGUCUGGAGUUUUUGGGCAAUUGCAGUGUGGUGCCAUAAACCGUCUGAGAACCAAGGUUAUUAGCCACGAUUGCAAGGGGACAGAGGCAAAGAGAUUUUGAGGAGCGACUUUCAGGAGCGUUCUUUUUCUUUCUGACUGUUGUGUUACCUUCACACUAAAAUAU